CGAAUAAAAACAUUCAGUUAAAUCCUUGAACCAACAAGCUAUUUAAAGAGACAAGCGGGAAGAGCAGUAUUUGUCAAGGACUUGGUGUGUGCCAAGCACUGGGGGCCUUGAUGAAUCAUCUCCUAGGGAGCCCCCGAGGCAGGAGGACAAACAGGUAAGUGCGGACUCAGAAGCGCUGAAGAACCUGCCCAAGCUUGCAAGGUUAACGAGCGUCAGGCAGAAACGUAAUCCCAGGUUUAUCUGGAUCCAGAGCCCAUCCUACGACCUUCUCGGAGAGUUUCGGAUACCACCCUCCCUUAGACUGCCUGGGGUGUAAUGGUUAAUGGUUUGGGAAGACUGCUCAUUAAAUACUGUAAUAUUGAAGCAGACAGUAACAUAUAAAAUUUGAAAGAGGGUUCUGGAUAAAUGCAAGAAAAUAUAGCACUUACAGUGUGAGCUUAUACAAUGUAUUAACUAGAGAGGUUUAUCAGGCGGAAAACAGGCUAAUGAAGGAUUUUAAUUUAUAAAAACAGAUCAUCAGUGUGUUUUUCAAAGGAAGUUGAUCUACUCCCUAACUUUUCAGAACAAUUUCAUAAAAGUUAAGCUCCAGGACCAGAGAGAGGUAGAACCCUAGAACAGAUGAAUCAACCUAGCAUUUCUUGGAAGAGCGACUGAAGUCACGUCAGUCAUUUCUAAACCUAUGAGCACCAAAGGCCUGAGGCGCUCAGGGGUUAGAUAAGGUCUUUAAGUUCACAUACACACGAAGCACCGACUGUAGACACAUACACAGGGAUAAUGCUAUGUAUUAACUUCAGGAUGCUUCUAGGUACUAUGAUGAUGUAAAAAAUAUAUACGUAUAUUAAAAGUGUUGCUAAAUUCAGAUUGAGGAUAGCUUUACAUAAAUGAGCAAAUACAUAAUGAACAGGUGCCCAGGGUGCAAACAGAAAGAGGGUUCAGCACCUGCGCCCUCUUCUCUGAGUCUUAGUGGGAGGCGAAGCCUGGGGAAGCAGCUUUCCCGCCCGAACGGCUAAGGCUAAGGCACAGGCUUGUGACCUAAACUCAGACACACUCACCUGGAAGGAAGAGCUCGUACCCAGAGAAGUGGGGACGUGGACUCUCUCUGGGGAGCGGAGCACUGGCUUGAGACCAAGCGGGUAGGGCAGCGCUGAGUGGUACUAUCGACAGUGUGGCCCAUACCACGGCAUGUAGUGCUUGGCAGCAGCAGUAUGCUUUUCAGACCAGUUUUAUAGCACGAUUUGGGGCAUUUUUCUUGGCUGUGGACCCUAAACAUGGUUCUCCAAUUCUCCCACCGACUGUGUGAGCUACUCCCAAACCCUUCUGCUUAAGUCAGCCCCAGUCAGUUUCUCCUGCUUACAAAGAAGAACCUGACGACAUCUCCCAGCGUGUUGGCGACGGGCUGGGGGUCAUGGGGGGAUGACAGACACACAACUGAGGGCCCACACAGUUGUUUCACAGCACAUUAAAAAUGGGUUACACAAAACUGGGGUACAACUAGUUAAAGCCAUACAACUUAUUUCUUCAUUGUACCAUGAUGUAUUGGUUCACUAAUUUCUCUUGUCUCUAUGUGAAGACACCUCCUGCUGCUGCUUCUCGAUUUCCAACAGUUACCGGUCCAGCACUGGGCACACAGGAGCUGCCCCAGGACCGGUGACAGAACCCCUCUGGAAACUUAAAGUACGAAUUAUUUGUCAAACAGUACUCCUUUGCAUGAGCUACAUGUAAAUCAAAAUCUCACUCAAAACAUCGAAGACCUAUGAGGAUCUGUAAAAUCCAAGAAUUUAUCAUAGGAACAUUUAGAAACAUGCUCCAGGCUAAAAUUUCAACUUUAAAUCGUGACAUUUGGUUACAAACAAUCUUUACACAAUUUCAGAAAGUUCCUGAUGACAGUUCCUUAAUAAGAGUUCCUCUCUUCAGUUCUUCCUGUCUAAAAAGAGAAAGAAAAAAAAAGCCAGCUCUCUUCAAAUACACACUCUCCCACCACACACACACACACACACACACACACACACACACACAGACAGACGGACAUGGAGACUGUGAACGGAGGCAAGAUCAUUCUCGGUCUGGAAAUCAAUCUGAUUCUAUUCUAUGCAGGUGCUGCGAGCGACUGUGAAGUCUCUGUGUCUCAACCGGGUCACCUCACAGUGGACUACACUCAAGAGGCCGUUACCUUGAAGUGUUCCUUCUCCACAGCGGGGUGCCCUGCAGAGCCCCCAGUGAGCCUGUGGUUUCGCUAUGGUGCUUACCAGCCUGAGAGCCUCUGCUUGGAUGGAUGCAGAAGUGAGGCGGACAAAUUCGUAGUGAGGGAAGCCCUGGCAGAAAAGCAAGUUUCUCUCACUGUAAACAGACUGGCUUUCAAUGACAGUGCAAUCUACAUCUGUGGAAUAGCCUUUCCCAGUUCAAGGGACUCGAGAGCGAAGCGAACCGGAGAAGGGACCACGUUGGUGGUUAGAGAAAUUAAGGUUCUCAGUAAGGAAAUGCAGAGUGUCCUGAUAGCUCUCUUAUCACUGCUCUCUAUCUACGUCACUGGUGUCCUCGCCAUCUUCAUAGUUCUCUCCAAGUCGAAAUCUAACACUCUAAGAAACAAAGAAACAGAGGACUCACAAAAGAAGAAGAGCGCUCGGCGUAUUUUUCGGGAAAUUGCUCAAGAACUAUAUAGUAAGAGACACGUGGAGACAAGCCAAGAACCUGAGAAAGACAACACUUAUGAAAACAGAAGAGUACUCUCCAACUAUGAAAGACCAUAGAAAUAUUUUAAUUUUCAUUUAAGUCACUGAAAAUCCAACUCUACAAGUUAUGCAGUAUUAAUGGACAUACACCCAACAGGGUUUUAAAGAAACAACCAAAGGUCAAUGGAAAAGACAAUUGGCUACAAGGAAGGAAGCCAGAGUAUAAGGAAACUGCAGCUCACAGUAAUUACCAAAAUACUAAAACCCACCGAAAUGUAACUGAAAAAUGCUGCCCUAAUUUGCUAGGAGAAUUCUAAGCAGUCUAACAUUUUCACAAACUUCCAUUUUUAGAACAUAUAUCCUCUAUUUAUUUCACUCAACCUACGAGGUGCGUGAUGACUGCUACCCUGAAGAAGGUCUGGAACCACACCACAUGCCCUGAGCAGAAGAACUGCAUCCCGGGGGGUGGGCGUGAUGGACCAGUUAGACUAAGCUAGGAGGGAAGGGGGAAAGAGGCUAGGAGGAAAGAAAGUGCCAACAUUUGAGUCAGCGAAAAUCAUCUUGAAAACUACCUUGGAGCAAAUGAUUCCUCUGGUAUUGCCAUGGGGCAAUGGUAUAGUGCACAUUUUCCUGCCAGGGUAUACAAAAUCACUUACAUCAUGCCGCCAACAAAAAGCAAGACUGGAAGAGAAGAGAGUAAGAAAGCGAUAGCUACAAUAUAGAAAAUCCAAAGCAGAAGGUUAAACAAAGAAAACCUCAGAACAAAUAAGCCACAACCGACUCUAGAUGUCAGUGUUGUGCCAAAUAGCACCAGGGUAGGAGUGGGCAAGGCACUGUCCUUGAGGGCGCCUCUGCAAUACUGAUUUUUAACCAGUUUAGGAGGGAAACAUCAGAUACCAGGCUGAGCACAGCAAAGAUGUUUAUGGAAUUCAUUACCAUCUUACUAAGAAAACAUGUUACGGAUUGUUCUUUGAAAGCUACUUUGGCGUAAAAGAAUCUAUUUAAACUACCCACAAGUAUGUGUUCGUUAUUAAACAUGAAUUACAACUUAUUAUGUUUAUUUCAUUAAAGUGUUUCUUUUAAACUGAUAUUAAGUGAGGUGUACUCUUAUUUUCAAAACCCAGACAGAAUUUUAAGAUAUUUUAAGAUCCAUGGUUUAAAUUAGUGAUCUCUAACCUUUCUAAUCACAUGUGCCAAGAAAAAUGGGAAGGGGGAGCAUAUAACUCCAUUUUAUUUGUGUGUAUGUAUGUAUAUCUAUGUGUGUGUGAGUGCAUAUGUUGUGUAUUUGUAAAGUGGAUGCAUAUUUAUGUAUGUAUGUCUGUAUAUUUGUGUAUCUUAUACACAAAUAUAGAAAUUAAACAAUUAGCAUAAAAAGUGAUAUAAAAAAAUGCUAAUAUUUUCUUCCUAUAGCCCCAAAUAAAUUGCCUUGCGUACUCCCUGGGUACAUAACCGCCAUUUUGAGACCACUGGCUUGGAUGAAAUAAAUGAACUUCUAAACCAGGUGGCAAAAAGGGUCAAUGCUGACACCAUGUAGGUGAAUAGAAGAAGUGUUGGAAUAGAUCAUUUACUUUUCAUUUCAUUACCUUUUGGUACUUCCGGGGCUGAAAAUGUACUGUUCUUUGUGUAACUAACAAGGAGACAAAAUCCCUAAGAUAAACUAGUACCUGACUCAGAAUAAGCCUUUCCCAAUGCAAACAAGGACUGUGUUUCAAAGAGUGAUUUUUGAGCUGAAAUUUGGAAUAAACUUUCCCAAGGAAAGCAGUUCCAGUCCCUCAGGUCAGAUGUAAGAGUGCCUGAUGUAUAUACAACAUUCAUUCUUUUAUUCAUCCAUCGAGCCAACCACACUUACUGAGCGCUCUACUACUGCAGUCAAAGGCCUCUUUGCAGGCCAUCCUUGGGUCACGCUGAACUUGUCCUUCCACAACCUCACUCUGUUCACACUUCAUGCUUUUCACAUGCUGUUCCCUCCACCUGGGAAAACACUUCACAGACACAAACACAGCUCAUAUGUUACCUCUUACAUGAAACCUCCUGUAACUGACCCAGCAGUCAAUAUUGGGUCUUUCCUUCUCUAAACACAUAGUGCUUUGUCAUUUUUCUUAUCUGACUAUCCUGCCACGCCUGUUUACAUCUGUCUUCUGGACUAGUCUGUAAGGAUUUUAAGACUAGAAGAACGUUUUCAUUUAUCCCUGUAUUUGCACUGCCUAGCACUACCUGAUACACAGUAGGCUCUCAAAUGCCUUUAUAUGAAUACAACUGAACAAUCUUUCUAUAGAAAAAUAUUUUUUCAGCAUUUCAACUGAGAUAUGAAGCAUACUUCACACUCUAGCCAUCAACCUUCACUCUUCUCCAUAAGGACUGUCUGUUGAAUCCCUAACGGUAUUAAUUUUCCUACUAUGUGAGCAUCCCGAAUUUUCGCUGAAAAUGACUAAGCUAUAGCUGUCUGUUUAGAUUUGAAUUUCCCAUGACAAUAAAAAUACUGACAACAACUCAAAGAUGGAAAUGGACACAGACGUAGUUCUAGUGUCUACGCACCGACCUUCCAGACAAGGGCAUUUAAACCACAUACCAACAGGAUUUUCACAAUGAGUAAUUUCUUUUUCUCUACUAUGGAAGACUGGAGAGAAUCUGAACCCCUGGCUAACACAUACAGUUAAGUCUCCGUGGGGUCAAGUCACACAGACCGAUGGAGAAGGCACAGACUUCGAGGGAAGUUAAAACGCAGACAUCAAAUUAUGAUGCUUAUUGUUAAAAGGGUUUCACAGGCAGAUCUAAACCACAUUGACAGACAUUUCAAACUGUGAACAAAUAUGAUAAAUAAAACUACGAAUAACAAAGUAACAGAAUAGAAUGGAAUGAAAUAAAUCUAACACGUAUCAAAUACCAGCACUGAGACAGACAUGGUUGGGCACUAUCCUCUAAAUUACAUUAUUUAAUCCAUACAACAAACUUCAAGAUAGGUGUUAGCCCCAUUUUUACAGAUGAAAUACUUAGCUUAAUGAGAGGCCCAGGGAGAAGGGCUGACCCGUGUUUCAAACACAGGUCAGCCCUCAAAGCCCAAGUUCCUCCACAAACAGUCCUGCCAGUCUUGCUUAUUUCUAUUUAGACCAACAGGAGCUUUAAGACUAGACAUGUCUAAUUUAACCAGAACAACGACCCUGGAAGAAAGUGACAAAGGUGCCAAGGGCUACCUCUCAAAAAGCACAGGGCUAGCUGGUUUCACAGGAGAAUUCUAUCAAACUUUCAAAGACCAGAUAACCACAAUGGGAUUUAAACUGUCCCAGAGCACAGAAGAAACAAUUUCCAAAUUCUCUUUUACAAAACCAGCAGAACAUUGAUACCAAAACAUGACAAACAUAAUAUCCUCCAAAUAAAUAAAAGAUCAGAUACAGACCAACUAUCAUUUAACAAUAUUAAUGCUAAUAUUUUUAUUGAGAAUUUCUGUAAAUCCACUCUAGUGAUGCAUUACAAGAAGACGACCCCAUCGAAGCCUGGAGGCGCAAGGGUGGAUGUGGAUUAGAAAAGUAUAUAUUGACUUAAUAGGCCGAAGGAGAAAAACAGGAUGACCAUCUCACAGAUGCUGAAAACACAGGUGAUAAAAUUCAACACUGAUUCCUGAUUUUUUAAGCUCUUACUAAAACAGGAUUUAAAAAAAUAUGUAUCUCAAGUCAAACAGCAAGCUCAAGGCAAAAGACAGCAUCAUAUUUAAAGUAGAAGUAUUUCUUCAUUAAAGUCAAAACCAAGACAAAAAUGUCUACCAUUUUGUUAACAUUUUCUGGAAUUAACUACCAAUUCACUUUGAAAAAAAAAAAGUCUAAAAAUAACAAGGAAGUAGUAAAACCAUUUGCAGAUGCCAUAACUGUGUAUCAAGAAAAUCUAAGAGGAUCAAUGGUAGAAACAAUUUGAAACACUAAGAUAAUCCAAUAAGGCAAAUGGUUAAAAAAUUGGUACACACACAAAAAUAACUGCUUGUGUAAGUAUGUGUAAUAUCCAUUCUAAGAUAUGAUAGAAAAGCCAUCUGCUACAAUAUGGCUGAAGCUGGAAGAUUUUAUGCUCAGUGAAACAAGCCACACACAGAAAGACAAAUACGGUAUGAUCUCACUCACAUCUGGAACCUCAACAAGCCAAACUCGCAGAACCAGAGCAGACAACAGUGGCUGCCCAGGGGCUGGGAGUGGGGGAAACGGGAGGAUGUGGGUCAAAGGAUACACACUUUCAGUUGUA